UUUUGCCGUCGGUAGUCUCCGGCUGACAGUUGUAGUAGGUAUGAUGCAAAGCAAAAUGUAGUGUCUGUGUACAUUGAACUGCCUUACGCUGUCAAACCGGGUCUCUCUGGAAUGAAAAAAUUCUCCUCCUUCAGAAUAACCACCUCCUCUCACAAAACACCCGAUUACCUACUGGAAGUUGGCAUUUCCACAGUUGGUCAGUCGCGGCUGGCAACGCGAAGCGGAUGAGGACUCUCCGUGGCUCAAACAAUUCUCUCUAAGUACAGUACGCGGUCUAAAGUUAAGACAGGGACGGCGAAACUUCAAAGUGGAAUCGGAGUGGCCGGCUGACUAUGCCCCGGAGCCCCACGUCAAGUGAGGAUGAGAUGGCCCAGAGCUUUUCAGACUACUCUGAGGAAUCCGGCUCCGACAGCUCCAAAGAGGAGACCAUCUACGAGACCAUAAGAGCCACCGCCGAGAGACCGUCCAGCCGAAUGGAGGACAUUCACAUCAACUCCCUGGUCAUCAGAGUGAUCAUCCCAGACCUGCAACAGACCAAAUGUAUGAGGUUCAACCCUGAUGCCACUGUGUGGGUUGCCAAGCAACGGAUCCUGUGCACAUUGAGUCAGAGCCUAAAGGACGUCCUGAACUACGGCCUCUUCCAGCCGGCGAGCAACGGACGUGAUGGCAAGUUCCUGGAUGAGGAACGCCUCCUCCGGGAGUAUCCCCAGCCAAUCAGCAAAGGGGUCCCAUCCCUGGAGUUCCGAUACAAGAGCAGAGUCUACAAACAACCAAAUGUAGAUGAGAAGCUGAUUGCCAAACUUCACACAAAGGCCAACUUGAGGAAGUUUAUGGACUUCAUCCAACACCAUCAGGUGGACAAAGUCUUAAGGAUGUUGGAGAGAGGCCUUGACCCCAACUACCAUGACCUUGAGACUGGGGAAACACCUCUGACCUUCGCUGCUCACCUGGACAACAUGGUGGAGACCAUGAAAGUGCUGAAGAACGGUGGAGCUCAUCUGGACUUCCGGGCCAAAGACGGCAUGACUGCUCUUCACAAAGCUGCCCGUUCCAAGAACCAGGUCACCCUCACGACUCUCCUGGAGCUGGGUGCGUCUCCAGACUACAAGGACAGCCGCGGGCUAACGGCACUCUAUCACACUGCCAUGGUCGGGGGAGACCCCUACUGCUGCGAGCUGCUGCUCCACGAGCACGCCGCCGUCUGCUGCCAGGACGAGAACGGAUGGCACGAAGUCCACCAGGCUUGUCGACACGGACAUGUUCAACACCUGGAGCAUCUGCUGUUUUAUGGAGCGGACAUGAGUGCACAGAAUGCUUCAGGAAACACGGCCCUGCACAUCUGUGCUCUCUACAACCAGGACAACUGUGUGAGAGUGUUGCUUGUCCGUGGAGCCAACAAGGAGGUGAAAAACUUCAACAGCCAGAGUUCUUUUCAGGUGGCCAUAAUUGCAGGGAACUUUGAGUUGGCUGAACUCAUUAAGAACCACACAGAGACAGAUAUUGUGCCUUUUCGCGAGGCGCCUGCCUACAGCAAGCGGCGGCGGGCUCCCCAGAGCUCGCUGUCCGCUCCGCGGGUCCUACUGCGCUCCAACAGUGACAACAACCUGAACACCAGUGCCGUGGGGCCGGACUCCCAUCCGCAGCGCAGCCUCUCACCGCAGCUGCUCCAGCAGAUGCAGAGGAACCCCAAUGGCACGGUGAGGACCAUGGGCCGGGGGAGCCGCGCCGCCCCCCGCAGCCGAUCCCCCUCGCUCAGCCGGCUGGGAGAGGAGCAGCGCCGGCAGCAGCAGCGUCCCAACAUCAGUAUGGAUGGCCCUGGCUCCCGACGGAAGCUGUACAGUGCCGUUCCGGGCCGCCAUUUUGUGGUGGUGCGCUCGUACCAGCCACAAGCUGAAGGCGAGGUCCAACUCUUCAAGAAUGACAGGGUGAAAGUUCUGAGCAUCGGGGAAGGGGGAUACUGGGAAGGCAGCUCCCGGGGCCAUGUGGGCUGGUUCCCUGCGGAGUGUUUGGAGGAGAUCCCUGCCAAGUCCAAUGAGGAGAGACCACUGAGCAGAACAGACCGUGCCGACAAGAAAAAGCUCUUCAGACACUACACAGUGGGCGCGUAUGACAGCUUUGACGCCUCCAGUGACUGCGUGAUCGACGAGAAGACUGUGGUCCUACAGAAAAAGGACAAUGAGGGCUUCGGCUUUGUGCUACGAGGAGCCAAAGCUGACACCCCUAUUGAGGAGUUUACGCCCACCCCAGCUUUCCCGGCCCUCCAGUACCUGGAGUCGGUGGACGAGGGCGGCGUGGCUUGGCAGGCGGGGCUGCGCACCGGAGACUUCCUCAUUGAGGUGAAUCAGGACAAUGUGAUCAAGGUGGGUCACAGGCAGGUGGUCAACAUGAUCCGGACGGGAGGGAACCGGCUUAUCAUCAAAGUGGUGACAGUCAGUAGGAAUAUGGCUCCAGAUGACACCAGUCGGAAAAAAGCACCUCCACCUCCCAAGAGAGCUCCCACCACUGCACUGUCUAUGCGCUCCAAAUCCAUGACCUCGGAGCUAGAAGAACUAGUUGAUAAAGCCACCUUAAGGAAAAAGAAGGGUGAUGCUCAGGCUUCUAAUAUUGAGGGUCUGAAGAAGAGGAUUGUUUUUCAAGUCACACUAAAUAAAGUGGAUGAGGUGCCAUCACAGAAUGCCAUGCGGGAGAAUUCCUCUCUGGACAUGCGAGUGGCUACUAUUAAGCCACGCCCCAGCAGCCGCUGUCUAGGCACACCCACUGAUUUUAGUUCCAUGUACGGUGGGCAGGGUGUGGCAGUAGUGCCCCCAACGGUGCCUGGACCAUACCUGGGUGUGCCAAGGGGCACUAUGAGGAAGCAAAAGUCUAUAGGAAUCACGGAAGAGGAAAAGCAGUUCCUGACGCCUCCCUUGCUGAAGUUCACCCGCAGCCUUUCCAUGCCUGACACAUCUGAAGACAUCCCACCUCCUCCUGGCAUGUCACCCCCAUCACCACCUUUCAACUCACCCAGCACCCCCAUGGCACGAGGGUAUGCCACCACUCAGCCGGGAUUUACCCAAAACUCUGUCGCCAGAGGUCAUCCCAACCGGCCAGACCCCAGUUUGGGCACCAUUCGCAGAGAUCGGCCGUACCACCGGCAGAACUCAGACCAGUUUGACAGUCGGAACUCUGCAUCCCAGCAGACGCUAUGCAACCGGACCCGCUCCCCCGUACCAGAGAACCCUUACUCGGAGGUAGGUAAUAAGAAUCAGUACAUCCCUGCCAAGCCGGCACGGCGGAAGGGCAUGCUUGUGAAGCAGCCCAACGUGGAGGAUAGUCCAGAGAAGACCUGCUCCAUCCCCAUCCCCACCAUAAUCAUCAAAGAGCCAUCCACCAGCAGCAGCGGCAAGAGCAGCCAGGGUAGCAGCAUGGAGAUCGAGCCCACCACCCCAGAGCAUGCGGGCCAGCUGAGACCAGACGAAGGGCCCAACAUGAGCAACCCCUUUGCUGCUGCCAUUGCCGGAGCUGUGCGAGAUCGAGAGAAGCGACUGGAGGCCCGGAGGAAUUCUCCAGCCUUCCUAUCGACAGACCUCGGGGAUGAGGACCCCGACCCCACCCCUGCACCACGCCUACGCCAGUCCAAAUCCAUUGAUGAGGGUAUGUUCAGCAACAACGAGAGGUUAAGGAAGCUUAUGGCCCCACCUGCCUCUCUGGUGGGGGUGUCUCAAGGUAGGCGUGGAAGCGGACAAGGUGGAAGAGGAGGUGGUGGUGGAGGGGGUAAUGUGACAGAUUUCAACACCCCAGAGCCAACUCUUGUGCGAGAACCUCUCAACACACGUACAGGCAAUUGCCCAAAUCUGGACAGUCCAGUUAGCCUCCCGGUUGGUAAGACCUACAGUUCCAAUGGUGGAGGGUAUUUGCACCCUGUCACAGGCAAAGCCCUUGACCCCAACUCCCCCUUGGCUCUGGCCCUUGCUGCUCGAGACAGGGCCAUGAAAGACCAGGGCCAGCCUCCCCCACCACCUCCCAAGAGUGAACCUCACAAACCUGACCUCAACCAGCCUCUCUUCAUCGACACCAAGCUGCGGUCCAGCAUCGAGGCCAACUACACUGCCGCUGCAACUAUGGGCCGGCCAGCUGGGCGAGGAGGCUUGCGCAGACAAAACACGGAAUCCAAGUAUGAGACAGAAGUGGCCAAGGAGAACAAGCCUUCAGGAGAGGAGAAGAAGAACAUGCUCAUUGACAUAGUGGACACAUCCCAACAGAAGUCAGCAGGGCUUCUGAUGGUGCACACAAUGGACCAAGCCAAGUCCAAAGAGAACAGGGGGACGCAGGACAGCACCCCUGCAGAGCUAAGGGAUCCCAAUGCCAAGCAGCCAGCCCCUGGCGCCAACCCACAGCCCCCUGUCCAUCCCAAGACCAUCAUCACCGUUAGCUCAGUGGAUGAGCCAGUCAAGUUGCCCUUCCGUAUUCCACCUCCACCUCUUCCUUCAGUAGACAUUGAGGAGGAGUUUGAAUAUUCCGACCCGCUUCCUCCACCUUUGGAAUUUGCGAACAGUAUUGACAUUGCAGAGGACCAAGUAGGGGCUAUUGCACAACUUAUUAGACAACAGAGCAAGAAUGGGACCGGGAGAGGGACAGGUCACUUGCCCCCUUACCAUCCCCAUGCUCCCCCAUCUGUCAACGCAGAACCCAAACGGCCUGUAGGCCUCUCAAACUGCGUCGGCCCACCCAGCUAUCCGCCCCCACCCCCAGAAAGCUUUGAGCAUGUCACAGACUCGGGCAUCGAGGAGGUUGACAGCCGGAGCAGCGGGGACCCUCACCUGGAGACCACAAGCACCAUCUCCACCGUGUCCAGCAUCUCCACACUCUCGUCAGAGGGCGGCGAGGGUCUGGACACCUGCACAGUCUAUGCAGACGGGCAGGCCUUUCUGGUGGACCGGCCCCCUGUGCCGCCCAAGCCAAAACUGAAGCCCAUUAUCAACAAGAACAAUGCACUUUACCGGGACCCACUGAUCGAGGAGAGCCUUGAGUCUUUCGGGAUGCCCCCGAUGGCCCCUCCUCCGCCCCCUGGUGGCGCAGCACAGACUGAGCCCCCCAAAACCCCCACGCAGAGGAGCUCCAAGCUUUGGGGGGACCCCCCUGAGCAGAGGAGUCCCCCCUCAUCCAUGCCGGACCCUAAGGCCAACAUGAUCAGUGAGCUAAGCUCCAUCCUGCAGCAUAUAAACAGGGAUCGCACAUCCAAACCAGGGGAGGCACUUGAUUCACCCACAGGAUCCAGGUGCUUUGGAUCAAGUCCCUCAGGUCCUCAGCGGAGCGCCACCGUCACCUUCGCCACCCCCAGCACUCCGCCCGCCAGCCUGCCUCCUCACCUCCACCACCACCACUCCUCCUCCAGCCCCAUCUCGUCCCCGACGGACUCCGGCCCCGCCUCAGGCCGCGCCUCUUCCCUGCCGGGCUCCGCCUCCUCGCCUACGCUGACCGACGUGUUCGGCCUCCCCACCCCGCCCAUGGGCAGCGGCGGCAGCAGCCUGGCGGGCAGCGAGCGCUACAGCUUGUGCUCCGCGGGGAGCCGCUCGCCCUCGCCACUCACGCUGCUCCAGGCCGCCUCCAACAAGCCCUUCGCCGGCAAGCCCCUCCUCAUGUGGACCAAGCACGAUGUAGCAGACUGGCUGGAGAGCCUCCACCUUGCCGAGCACAAGGACGCCUUCAUGGACAACGAGAUCGAGGGGAGCCACCUGCCCAACCUGCAGAAGGAGGACCUGAUAGACCUGGGGGUGACGCGGGUGGGCCACCGCAUGAACAUCGAGAGGGCUCUCAAACUGCUGCUGGACAGAUAAAAGAGGGCCGCCUCUAUAUCUCUCUCUUUUUUUGUAAUCUCCCUCUUCCUCCCUUUCUCUCUGUCGCUCUCUCUGGUGGUCUGGAUGAGCACACGGGAUGUAAAGGACCAAGGAUCUCCCCAAGUGUCUGUGCUCUCCAGGGAUCUGAGGCUUCCAAGUGUCUCCAAGUGUGCGUGUUUGUCAGCUUCCCUCUUGGCCAGGAGGCUGCAGCUGCAUCUCCUCUCGAGCGAGCGAGUUCUUAAGGACCACAUCAGCACCCACAGCGAGAGAGAGGGAGAGCCAGAGAACACAUCCACCCCACCCCACCCCACCCCGAGCCACAGAGACAUGCCCUCAUGUCCACCCCGCUUUGGAAUACUGACUUUUUCAAACCGCCUCAUUUGGGGGCACCUUAAACAGCUGAGCUGGGGGCUCCUUUUCUAUCUUUGCUAGAGUUUCUUCAGAGAAUAUUUCUUCAUUGAAAACAAACACUGGGGUUAUAUUUAUGGAUACAGCAGCUGUCGAGAGAAGAACACACAGGAAUUUAAAAAAACUAAAAAAAUAAUUGAAAAACUUGUGUUUCUGACUUAUGUAUGAAAACAACCCCAGCCAGUAAGGUUGACUCAGUCUUAAAAAUAACCCACACUUUCAGUAAUACUCCAUACCGACACGCAUUCAAUCCCACAGUCCUCCACCGUCCCACCUUAAGAGUGGUCUCACGGGCACAUGGGCACCACUGUAGCAGCCCCUCUGUCCCUCCGCUAGUUGCUUCUCCUUCCCUCUCGGAGACGCCCGUGGAUUAUAGCUGUCGGGAGUCGAGUUGUGCGAAUCCUCCUCGUCUUCCACAUGAGUGCAGGUGAGCGGACGUGGUG